CCUAUCAAAAUUCAAAUUACGAAAAUGGAGGGAAACGACCCCGUUCCACUUCCUCUCUGAUCUGCUCCUAUUCCAACCCCAAAUUCUCAAUUACAAACCCUAAUUCAAUUCUCUUUUCUUCUUCUCUUCUGCUGUUGCUGCUAUGGCGGAAAAUCUAAGCCCGAACCCAACCAUGGCCGGCCAGAAGCAGAGGCUUCCCAUGGCCGCUCGCAUCCAGUCCCCUACCAGCCCCUUCUUUUUGGGUUCCAAUGAUGACAAACUGGAACGCGCCCAGGCACGCGCUGCACGUGCGGCCGCCAUCCGCCGCAAGAACGUCGCCGCCAACUUGAACUCCCAAUCCUCCGACGCCAACUCCGACCCGUGCCUCAACAAGCAGCAGAUCCUCGAUUUGUUCAAGAACUGCAUCAAGCUCGCCAGCGAAAAUAAAAUUAAUCAGAAAAACACGUGGGAGUUGAAUUUGAUUGACCACAUAACUGAUAUUAUCAAGGCUGGAGAAGAAGAUGGAGAUGUGGAGACUAAUUUUCAGAAGGCAAGCUGCACUCUUGAGGCUGGAGUCAAAAUUUAUUCGUUAAGGGUUGAUUCAGUGCAUUCUGAGGCAUAUAAAGUACUUGGCGGGAUGAAUAGAGCUGGCCAAGAAGCUGAGCAAGAUGCAGAUGCUACAGUGGAGGGUGAUAACACUGAAAAUGGAAAAGAAAGAAGCAGGAAAGAGACAGACAAAAAGUUAUCACCUUUGUCAACAUUGGAAUCAUCUUUUGAGGCUCUUAACGUGAAGAAGUUUGAUGCUGCAUUUGUUGUGGAUCCCCUCUACCGUCAGACAACGGCAAAAUUUGAUGAAGGUGGAGCCAAGGGUCUUUUAAUGAAUAAUCUUGGUGUAUAUGGUGGAUGUAGGGUGCUCUUUGAUUCACUAGAGGUGCCUGCAAAAUGCAUGACAAGUAAAAAUCAACAUGAUAUAUCAGAUACUAUUGAUCUUUCUUUUGCCAAGGAUUGUGUUGAGCACAUGGUGCUGGAAGUACGUAUGAAGGAUGAAAUUUCUCCAACUCUCAGGACUAUAGUGAACCAAUUUGAUGAAAGUAACAGAAGGCCCACCGAUUUUCAAUUUCAUGGCCAAAAUACAGCUGAAGAGAUGGAGGUGCCUUUUGACUGUGAAAUGAGGGCCGACACAGAAGAGCAUGAGAACUGCAUGGCCUGGAGUGAUGAUCAUGAUGAGCCAACAGUUGCUGAUUUGGGAUCUAAUGAUUUCAUAUCCAAUGAUGCUGAUCCAAGUUUUCCUGAUUACCCUCAGGAAAAUGGGCUAUUUUCUUCUCAAGACCCUGAUACGGACGACAGAUUUGGUAAUGUUGAUAGUUUCCUAUUUUUGAGUCUGGGUUUUAGUUCAAAACAAAAUGCAUGGGCAGGCCCUGAUCAUUGGAAAUAUAAAAAAUCUAAAGUCUCAGAGGUUCAUCCUCCUUCUGAAAAUGGAUCAGCCCUAAAGACUAGGGCGCCAAGGAGUAAGAAACAGAAAGAAAUUGAUUUAGAUUUCACAGUUUUCCUUGAGAAGGAAAUGUUAGAUAUAUUUAAUCCUCCCAAGAAUCCCAAAACAUUGCUGCUCCCCGAGAGCAGAAUCCCUUGCAAUACAAAACUUCCGGAGGACUGCCACUACCAGCCAGAGGAUCUUGUUAAAUUAUUUCUUCUGCCUGAUGUGAAGUGUCUCGGGAGGAGGGCAAAAAGGUUCUCAGAUGAAUCUAGAGAACAAUGCAAUAAUGAGUCAUUCCCUUCCUGGGAUAAUGGAAGUUUUUGUGGUGGUGAGCCUGGUGAUUAUGAAGGUGAUGUUCAUAGUGACAUAGAGGACUCUGACACUCUUGUUAGUCAGCCUCGUCAGGUAAAUAAAAUUGAAGUCCAGUACGACAAAACUUCCAAGCAAGUUAAUGUUCAGGAACUGAAAAUUACUCUUUGGAACCAUGUUCAAGAAUCUGCUAACCUGUCUUUUGAGGGUAAAAAAGAAACAGUAUCUUUCAGAAGUGUAUUGGCCAACUUUCCUACCGACUGCAAUGCUGCUGCAACUAUCAGUGACAUCUCUCCCCAUUUGUGCUUCAUAUGUUUGUUGCAUCUGGCAAAUGAGAAAGGAUUGAGCAUUCAAGGCUACCCCAGCUUGGAUGAUCUAGCCAUAUGCAUUCCAAAUAUUUAGAUUCUUCUUUUUUCACCCAAUUUCCCUUGAUUUGGGAAUUAGAACAUAGUCUGGUUGGGAGUUUACAUGUUAACCACGUUCGAUGAAGCAUCGAAGUUGCAAGUUUGCUUUUGCCUUGAAUCUUGGCUGUGCAAAUACUAGUUUGGUUAUGGUGGUUUAAUUUUUUGACCCUUGAUGAUGUUUAAAUCUCCAUUCAUGCUCAUUGUAUUAUUAUAUUAUUUGCUUUCAUGAGCAUUGCCAGUGGUUGUGCAAAUACGCCUUCAUUCAUGGAUGUAUGAAUGGUUGUAAUUGCCGCUAAAUGCUACAUUGUCUAUAGAGUGGUUCGCUCUAUGGUGUAGAUU